AACAAAGAAGUGGUGUUGUUUCAAUCUUAGAAUUAUCAUCAUUAGAUGAUACCAACUCUCAAGUAUGCCCUGUUCGCCACCUUGUAACAUACCUUAGAGCCUCUAAAGGAGGAAGAAAGCCCCAUUCGGGUGACUCUAGGAACUCAAUUGUACUAUCAACACUCUCAAAGUCAGGUAUUGAUAUUGUCAAGUUCAAAUCUCACUCUACCCGUUCCGCUAUGGCUUCUCUGCUGUUGUCAAAUAACGUUCCGUUCCACGUUGUCAAGAAGAUGGGUCGUUGGAAAUCAAAUGAUACUGUAGAUACCUUCUACGAUAAAAGAAUCAUUGGUGAAAAAUCUGGUGGUUUCUUAAAUACUGUCGUCCAAAUUUCAUAA